CGCAGUGAGGUCACGCAAGUUGCACGCGACGCACACAGACCACCCGACAAUCCUCAGGACUAGCGCACAGCUUGAAGACGCCCUCCGUCGACGCUCCUCAACUACGAUCGACUUCCUGCAAGCGGAACCACAGGCCCUGCCUCGAGCCCAACCUCCUCCAAAUCGUAGCCUUAGCGAGUCGAAGUCUGGUUGGAACAGACGUCGGAAGCCACAAGGGAACCGAAUGGAGCACGAACAGCAGGAUCAGACGUCGGAGCCGUCCCCGUUAGCGUUGCUCGCGCAGACGUGCGGACGUUUCGUGCCCGGGGAGAAGAACUCGACGACGGGGUCGGUCGCGUCGAGCAGCACGCCACAGAACAACACGGGAUCAUGGCAGCAGCAGCAGCAUGUGCAGACGCAGUCGCAACCGCAGGCCAUUCCCACUCAGGAAGCCUGCGUUCCAAACGACGGUCAGCCUCACAUACAGCUGGCUCCUCCCAGCUCUGUUGCUCUCAUCCAUCAGCCUCUUCCGCAGCAGUUGAGCAGCGGGAUCAUUCCUCAAGCGCUCAUCGGGUUACCGUCGGUUGCGACGAGCGAUGGCCACACGAAUGGCGUUCCUUACACUCAGCUGACAAGCAGCGUGGUCGUCAGACCGUCGCCCGUCAUCACCAACAAUGGCGUUCAGAUCAUCUCUUCGUGUCCGACGGCGAUGGGGAUGUCCGGCACGGCCGUGCCGACGAUUGUCGCAUCGGGAUCGAUGGUUCAGAACGGCGUGAGUGCGCUUCAAGUGGGCAAGAACUUAGACGCGCAGAAUACAAUAUGGGCGCCGUCCUCGUCGCUCGCUGGCAUCAGUUCUAUUGCUCAAGCGGCCGCUGCUGCAACGGGCGGCGCAAACGCUGCAGCACUGGCGGCGCUCUGGCUCCGCACCAACGUCUCUCCGACGUCAUGGUCGGGUGCAGGCCUGCAACCGUCCUACUUCCCGGCCGGAGCUCCGCUCCCUCCCAUCUCACCCAUGUCGCCGAUCUCGCCCGUCGUCGCGCAGUCGACGUCGCAAACCGUUCUGGAUCACGCUCAACUGCAGAACGACCCGGGAGUGCUCCUCCAGGCCGCGCAGCAGUGGGCGAAACUCAACGGCAUGGCGGCCAUCGCCUCAGUGGCGGCCAACCAAGUCGUCAACGGCGAUGGAAAGAACAUGCAAGGUCAGCCGCCGCCUCGUCGAGUGCGUAGAGUGGCGUGUUCGUGUCCCUACUGUCGUGACGGCGAGGGUAAGACGAUUGUGACGGAGAACGGGACGAAGAAGAAGCAGCACAUUUGUCAUUAUCACGGAUGUGGCAAGGUGUACGGCAAGACGUCGCACUUGCGGGCGCAUCUUCGCUGGCACACGGGCGAGCGACCAUUCGUGUGCAACUGGAUUCUCUGCAACAAGCGAUUUACGAGGUCCGACGAGUUGCAGCGGCACCGUCGCACGCACACGGGCGAGAAGCGGUUUCAGUGUCCCGAGUGCAAGAAGCGCUUCAUGCGUAGUGACCAUCUCAGCAAGCACAUCAAGACGCACUCGAACAAUCGAAACGGUGCGGCGGGCGCGUCGAAAUCGACAUCAAAAAGCGAAGCGACGCAACCGCUCGCUCAGCAGUGACGGACAGAUUUGAGUAUAGACGACGGGCGUGAGAGCUCUUGAUGUUUGUGUGUAGUGUCCGACUUGUGGGUAACAGUUGGCAGUAAGGUGAAACGCAAGCAGUAUGGUAAUUGUGUGCUUUUCUUGAUCAGAUUGCAGAGGUAAUUGAGAGAUAGUGAUAUUGGUUCAACUUUGAUGUCGUUUCCAUUUCAAGUAGCUUCCUGUAGAAUUUCUCUUUUCAUGACUUCUAUUUAUAAUGCCGCACACUAGUAGGUUGAGUGUAUGUAGAGUAAGUUGUGUAGAUUUUGGAUAGCGUAGAUUGCCUGAUGUAGCAGAUUUCUAUAUGCUGUCAUAAGCUACUACAUUAUCAAGUGUCAUUCAAA